AAAAGAGAAGCAAAGCACUAUAAAUAAAAAUGUGCACCCCCUGCAAAUAAAACACAAGAGACUGCAAUACAACCAGAGCAAAAACAGAGAUUUAUAUUUAUUUAAAAAAAAACUCUUUCUCUCUCUAAGAAGUGUGUCUGUGAGAGAGAAAGAGAUGGGAUUAUGUUCAAAAUGCAUAAUCUCAGUGGUAUUAAUAAUAGGAAUAUUAGUAGCAGAAGGAGGAGGAGGAGCAAAUGCAGUUAUUAGAAGUAGGAGUAGAGGUAAAAGCAAAAGCAAAAGCAAAAGCAAAAGCAAGAUUAGUAGAAGUAAUAGUAUCAUUAGCAACAAAAAUGGUUGUGAUUACUUCAAAGGAAGAUGGGUUGCUGAUUUCUCAUUCCCUCUUUACAACUUCUCUGCUUGUCCUUUUAUUCAGAAGGAAUUCAAUUGUCUCAAAAAUGGUCGAAGAGAUCUACUUUAUCUCCAUUAUGGUUGGAAGCCAUUUUCUUGCAAUUUAGCCAGAUUCAACGCUCGACGAUUCUUAGAAAGAUUUAGAGGGAAGAGCAUAAUGUUCGUGGGAGAUUCACUAAGUCUAAAUCAAUGGCAAUCUCUUGCAUGCCUAUUGGUCUCGGGUGUACCUAACGCUAGAUAUAAUCUAACGCGACAAGAUAUGAUAUCCACAUUCACUUUCACGGAUUAUGGAGUGAAAGUGAUGAUAGACAGAAGUGUGUAUUUAGUAGAUGUUUUGAGGAGAAGGGUUGGCAGAAUUCUAGAGUUGGAUUCUAUUACUGGAGGCAGAUUAUGGAGAGGCAUGGACAUGCUCGUCUUCAAUACUUGGCAUUGGUGGGGUCGCCGUGGACCCACACAACCAUGGGACUUUAUCCGAAUAGGAAACGUAACACUCAAAGACAUGAAUCGCAUGGUUGCCUUUGAGAAAGCACUAGGUACAUGGGGUCAUUGGCUAGACACCAACAUUGAUCCUUCAAAAACUAAAGUCUUCUUCCAAGGGAUUUCACCCUCUCAUUACAAUGGAAGUGACUGGAAUGAGCCAGGGGCAAUAAACUGUUUAAGGCAGACACAACCAGUGAUAGGGUACAACUACCCGGGACCAAUGCCGGAAGCAGUGACAGUGGUGAAGAGAGCUUUAAGCAAAAUAAAGACACCGGUCACAUUGCUUGAUGUUACUCAGCUUUCUUUGUUAAGAAAAGAUGGACACCCAUCAAUAUAUGGACUGUUUUCAAUGGAUUGCAGUCAUUGGUGUUUGCCUGGUGUUCCUGAUGUUUGGAACCAAAUUCUUUACAACUACAUUCUUUAACAAAUUUAACUCAUUAUACACAAUUCUUCUUAUUAGGUCAUUAUCCAUUUGAUUCAUACACGAAUUUACACAUUUGUAUUCCUUAUUUAUUGGUUUUUAAAUUCAGGAUAUAUAUAAAACCAUUUGAUAGCUACAUAUGUAUUCUAGGCAAUACUCUUGUAUGGAUAUCACUCUGUCCAAGCAAUAAAUUUAACUUCAUUUUCA